UCCGUUUCUUCUCUAUACCUUCCUUUUUAUUGUACUGGUAUGAUACUACAGCAAACUCUCUCACUCAUAGUACUACAGUCUACAGAGCUCUCUAUUACUUCUACUGUUGCAAAGAUCAAUCCGAUCCUCGGUUUGGAUCACAUACAGUCUCACCCAGCUGUUGCCCACCUCUCGAUCUUGUUUAAAUUACACUCGGAGCUCUCUUCUGAUCGAUCAAGAAUCAUACAGCUUGCUAGCUAGAAACAGAGACAUCGAUCAUGGGAGACUCUUCUGCUUCAUACAUACACCUGGUGCAGCACCUGAUAGAGAAGUGUUUGAUCUUCCACAUGAGCAAAGAAGAGUGCAUGGAAGCUCUGUCUAAGCAUGCAAACAUCACACCUGUCAUCACCUCCACCGUGUGGAAUGAACUGGAGAAAGUGAACAAGGAGUUCUUCGAGGCGUAUGCAGUGUCUCAGAACAAAAAAGAUCGAAUGUCUGAGGAAGAGACAAGUCAAUUGAUCCAAAAGAUGAUAUCAGAUUCCUCCAAAGAUUCAGACGACUAGCUAACAUGCUAUCGAUAGCGAUCUCACCUUGGCUUCUGGUUGGUAGAUAGCCUUCAAUAUAUAUCAUAUCUAUAUAUAUGGAGCCAAACCAUUCGUAUCACCAGGUCCCAACCCAAUAAGAACAACAACCGUAAAUAUUUUUAUUCAUUAACGAAAUAAUAAUACUGAAGCGCACGGAUAUGUAUAUUUCAUGGUUGGUGCCUCCCCUUUCCUCUUCAAAUAAGGCUUCACUGCCAUUUGCCCACAUGCUUCGUCUUGUUUAGCCUAUUAUAUUGCACCAACCAAUCAGUACUCCUGGCGCCCCGAUAUUCUUAUCAUUUGAAGGAAUUCAAUAUCAUUGGAAUUAAACAAGGGUUCAAGUUUGUAAUGUUCCAUCAGUUAAAGUGAAUUUGAUUGAUAAUGAAAUAUGUUCUUGUUCUUGUCUUGCA